AGUGCCAGGUGACCAAUUCGGAUCUAACUUAUUAUUAUUCUCUGCCACAUCUAUCUAUUUCUCUUCAAAUUUUAAACAAAAAAACACACAAAAAUAUGACAGUUUCUUCCGAUGAAAAUUCCGUUGAUACUAAAAGCUCUCUUUCCAAGCUUGCUCCGGUAGAAGCUGUAUUAUUUGAUGUUGAUGGAACUCUAUGCGAUUCAGAUCCCCUACACUACUAUGCCUUCCGUGAAAUGCUUCAAGAGAUAAAUUUCAAUGGCGGUGUUCCAAUCACAGAAGAAUUCUUUAUUCAUAAUAUUGCUGGAAAGCAUAAUGAUGAUAUUGCUGUACUCCUUUUUCCUGAUGAUGUCCCGCGCGGCCUACAAUUUACUGUAGAUAAGGAAGCUAUGUUUCGGAAGUUGGCUACUGAACAACUGACAGCUAUCAAUGGGCUAUAUGAAGUAAAGAAAUGGAUUGAAGAUCGUGGAUUGAAACGUGCUGCAGUUACUAAUGCUCCAAGACUGAAUGCAGAACUUAUGAUUUCGAAGCUUGGACUUUCAGAUUUCUUUGAGGUAGUCAUUAUUGGAGACGAAUGCGAGCAUGCCAAACCACAUCCAGAACCCUAUUUGAAGGCUCUUGAAGUGCUGAAAGUUUCGAAAGAGCACACCUUCAUAUUCGAGGAUUCGGUUUCUGGGAUAAAAGCUGGAGUGGCGGCAGGUAUGCCUGUUAUCGGUCUAUCUACCAGAAAUCCCGAGCAUUUACUGAUGGAAGCGAAACCUACAUUUCUUAUAAAAAAUUAUGAAGAUCGAAAAUUGUGGACAGCUUUGGAAGAACUUGACAAGAGCGUAGGUGCUGGAGUGCCUACUGCUUGAAUUCAUCACAUAUGUACCUGAAUAAUUUGAUUGCAGUAGAGUGGUAUAAAAUGCUAAAGUUUUUUAAGAUUUGAUAUUGCAAAUCAAGGACACAUAUGAAUUGAUUGAAACUUGGAAGGUGUAAUUUUGAAGUAUUUGACUAUUUAACUUCAAAAUAUAGAUUCAUCUAAAAAAAGUUCAAACUAUAGUUCAUUCUCAA